UAUCUAGGUCCUUCAUUUUUGCUUACACACAGGUGCAGGUAUCGUGUUCUUGGUGGAUCGUGAAUCGCACGAUCGAGAUGACCACGCGUGGGUUUUAAUUGGCAUAACCGGCUCUCUCCAGACUCAACUCGUAAAGAUGAACGCGCCUACUAUGCUAGGGGAUCGGGAAUUGAAGUUUUCAAUAUUAUCUCGCUCUCGAUCAACUUCGAGCAUGUUCCAAGCUGUUGAGAGCUCUCCAAGGAAUGAGCCGAAAGCAAAGCUACAGGGACAUUCGCUCUCAUAUAUUCCCCGCCACCUACUUUCAGAAGAAUCGGCGCAGCAUGGUCACUCUUCGCGGCUAAGAUCGCACUCCUCACCCAGCGCGCCUCUACGACAAGCGCCCAGCUGCCAAUCUGAGCGAUCAGAGACAGCCUCGUCAAGAAUAGCUGGGACACGACCACUUACGAUGGGCCACGGAACCUUGCCUGGCGCGAAGCGGCGUUUGGAGAUCAAUACGAAGGAUCUCACUCAGCCAAGUUUAGCAGCCUCGCAAGAUCAGUCGCUGCCCGAAUCACCAGGAUUUCCCAAUAUGUUAGCAGCGAUGAACUUCCCCAUCCCGCCUACAACCUCAAGACCGUCUACUGCAGAUGCAUGUGUUGGCUCUAUGACACGCUAUCAGUCGAGUAUUACCGCUCCGCCGAUAGUACGACCUCGUUCGUCGAGUAAGCGCGCAACGAGCUCCAACGGAGUACUUACGGCUUCAUUAGAUGAGCUAAUAAUGCAGCGCACUCCACCGCCCCAUCGACGUAGUGACCCCAGUGAAACUUUUCAUAUCUCUUCCAAGCCAGAAAGACUUAUGAUAAAUACCACCAUGACUAGAAGCUCAAGGUCGGCAACCGUGAGCGAAACGGGCAGGCCGCUAGCAAUGGGUAGCCUCAGACCCAGGGCUUCCUCAGCUGCAUCUUCCACACGGGUUGGUCACGAUUCACAGACUGUUGCAACGGAUGACAAUGGGAGGCAAUUCCUUCGAAACAAUAUAAAAGUAGUGUCGAAUUUGCCCCAGGGGUUGCUUAGCAUGAAUGAGCCAUAUGAUCUCCCAAUAGGGAUCGCCAUCAGCAGCCCCAGAGAUAUUGUACCUGGUGUAAAUAAAUCAUUCUCGGCGUCGGAAGGAGCAACUAGUCAACACCCUACUCAUACAGUUCCAACUAUCAGUCUUACUUUACCAUCACCGUACGAAGAGAAGGAUCAUAAUAGACGAGAUCUGGCACCGAAAUGCUUCCAACAAGGUUCAGGCAACAAGACUGUUCCGAGCAAGCCAACGUCAACCUCUACCAGUCAUGAUGCGACUAUUUUUGACUCUACUAUACCAACGAUCCCCCACGACGACGAUUCGAAAGAUUCUCCUGUCCUCGGGCGGUUCCUCGGUAAUUCUCCUGCUACACGGAGAUUACCAUCGAGGUCGUCAUCCCGGACACGUGAGGAUCAAUCAGUCUCUAUAGAGAUCGGAGUGGCACAAAUUACCCCCAGAGGGACCAUGGAAAAUGUUUCGCCUACAUUAACGACAGUAGUUCCAGAAAACAACUGGAACCUUUCUUGUAUAAUGACAACGGAGAUAGCCCCUACUAAUCAUUUGAUUGUACAAAUGACUACUAAUGACAUUACCAUGACGCCAAUUAUGGUUGUGGCUAAUUUAAACCCUCAACCAGCACCGACAGCAUCAGUUCCAUCUUCAAACACUGGCGUUUCAUCUUCAUGGCCUCCAUUCAAUAAGCUGAAGGUUAUAUCGCAACCGCGUCAAAAGCCUAUGCCAAUAAUGGUUCAUAAGAGCGUUAUAACCAGCCAUAGCGAUCACGCCAAAUUAGCUAUAGAUAAAUUCAGCCGUCAUACUUUAACAGGUGUGCCAACACCACCGACAUCGCCUAGCAGCGCCUCGCCAAAGCGAAAUAGUCAUCCUACGCAAACCACGCGGCGAAUCCAAUCCCGCGCAGCUAGAAAGCCGAUGCUCAAGUCGGAACCAGUUAUAUACCAUGAGCCCGACCAAGAAAAGGUUAAUGACAAAGCGUGGCGGGUUGCAUCAACAAAGGAACGAUUAGAGAAGGCAAAGCUAGCCAGAGAAGAGGAGAUAUCCAGGCUGGUCGAGAAGAUGCUCGGCGUAGCCAAGGCCAAAGAUAUAGACGAGAGGGGAGAUUUGCAGAAUUUACAAGAGGAGCAUACGGAGGAACAAAUCGAAAAACGAUUACAGCGUCUUGAAGAGGACGGAGACGCAUGCCUUCGAGAUGUCAAGUUAGCUUUGCAAACCAUGUCGAAAACCCUUGACGAACUACGAAAAGAAAGCAGCAGUAAAAGGUUAAUAAUGAAUGAGUUUAACGUGUAAUAUAAAAUAUGGCACAUCGAUCAUAUAUGUAACAUAUGUAUAAAAUUAUAUUAAAUAUAUAUAAAAUAAAAAAUAUAUGUAAUUUAAUAAAAAUAAUUUUAACAAUUUUAAUAAUAUUUAUAAGCUGUUAAAAACUCUUUUAAUU